AUUUAUUUUAUAGUAUUUUUAUAUUUGAGAUUAAUAUUAUUAGGUGCUUCAUUAUAUUUAUUGAUUAUAAAUUUAACUUAUAUUUUAGAGUUUAAUUUUAUAAUAUUAAAUUCUACUAAUAUUUAUUUUGUCGUUUUAUUAGAUUGAAUAUCUUUAUUAUUUAUAAGUUUUGUUUUAUUUAUUUCUUCUAUAGUAAUUUUUUAUAGAGAGGAAUAUAUAGCUGGGGAUAUUUAUAAAAAUCGAUUUAUUUUAUUAGUAGUAAUAUUUGUUUUGUCUAUAAUAUUAUUAAUUAUUUCACCUAAUUUAAUUUCUAUUUUAUUAGGUUGAGAUGGGUUAGGAUUAAUUUCUUAUUGUUUAGUUAUUUAUUAUCAAAAUUUAAAAAGUUUUAGGGCUGGAAUAUUAACUGCUUUAAGAAAUCGAAUUGGUGAUGUAGCUUUAUUAAUAUCUAUUGCUUGAAUAUUAAAUUUUGGUAGAUGAAAUUUUAUUUUUUAUUUAGAAAUUAUAAAAGGAGAUUAUAUUAUACAAUUAAUUAGGUAUUUAGUAGUUUUAGCGGCAAUAACAAAAAGGGCUCAAAUUCCUUUUUCAUCUUGGUUACCUGCUGCAAUAGCAGCUCCUACUCCUGUAUCUUCUUUAGUUCAUUCUUCUACAUUAGUUACUGCUGGAGUUUAUUUAUUAAUUCGUUUUAAUUUUUCAUUUAGAAGUAAUUUAAUAAUAAUUUUAUUAUUUAUUUCAUCAAUAACAAUAUUUAUAUCAGGUUUAGGAGCUAAUUUUGAAUUUGAUUUAAAAAAAAUUAUUGCUUUAUCAACUUUAAGACAAUUAGGUUUAAUAAUAUCAAUUUUAGCAUUAGGAGAAUAUAAAUUAGCAUUUUUUCAUUUAUUAAUUCAUGCUUUAUUUAAGGCUUUAUUGUUUAUGUGUGCUGGUAAUAUUAUUCAUAAUUUAUUUAAUUGUCAAGAUAUUCGUUAUAUAGGAGGGUUGGUUAAACAUUUGCCUUUAACAUGUACUUAUUUAAAUAUUUGUAAUUUAUCUUUAUGUGGUUUACCUUUUAUAUCAGGUUUUUAUUCUAAAGAUUUAGUGGUUGAAUUUAUAUCAAUAAAUUAUUUAAAUAUUUAUAUUUAUUUAAUUUUUUAUAUUUCUAUUGGAUUAACUGUUUCUUAUAGGUUUCGUUUAACUUAUUAUUCAAUAAUUGGAAAUUUUAAUUUUAUAUCUUUACAUAUUAUUCAGGAAAGAAGGAUGAUUAUAUUAAAAGGAAUAAGAGGUUUAAUUUUAUUUGUAGUUUUUAGAGGUAGAAUAUUUUCAUGAAUACUUUUUUCUACUCCUUAUUUUAUUUGUAUAACUUUUUUUAUAAAAAUAUUAACAUUGUUUGUAAUUUUAAUUGGUGGGUGAUUAGGGUAUGAAUUAGCUAAAUUUAAGCUUUCUUAUCAAUUAUUAACUUUAAAAUUUUUAUCUUCAAGAUUAUUUAUAAGUAUAAUAUGAAAUAUACCUUAUUUAUCUACAUUAGGAGUUAAUUAUUUACCUUUAUAUAUAGGAAAAUUAUAUUUAAAAAUUUUUGAUCAAGGUUGAUUAGAAUAUUAUGGUGGUCAACAAAUAUCAAAAAAUUUAAAAAUGUUAACUUUAAUACAAUUAUUUUCAAUUAAUCAUUUAAAAAUUUAUUUAUUAUUAUUAAUUUUUUGAUUAAUAUUUUUAUUAUUAAAUAUUU